AUGAAGUGCCAGCUGCAUCUGCUCGUGAAGGACGAUAAUUUUGUACCAGGGCCUGAGACUGCUACGCCUUCCACGGCCUCAACCUCAGCAACGAAAUUCCGCAGCGGCGGCCCCUGUGACCAUUUUGUCGGGGCACAGGCGGGGCGGUUUUGGGCGGGCCGCAGUAACAUCACGGCUGCGCGCUGGACCGGCGGGGGACGGGUGGUGUGCACGGAGCAGCCGAAUGUCGGUCGCGAGGCCGCUUCCUUUGCAAAUUACACGUACGAAAAGUACGACGAGAUCCAGGCACUGUACCCUUUGCGUUCUUCACCUUCGCAGCAAUUGGAGCCGAGCGCCAUCACCGUGGACAAAGAGCAAGACCUUUCUCUUGACAGAUCUGCAAGCGCGUCGCCUUAUCUCCGUCUGCACUACCUGCCGUUUCCCUGUUUCAACCAGCACAAGGAGCGAAUUAACACCAUUCGGAACGCCUUUCGCCAGGAUCCGCUCUCGGUGGGGAAGCCGCGGGCCUACUUCAAUCACUACAAUUUUCCGUCCGCUCAUAGGGAGCCCGUUGUAUCAGCAUGAAGAGGGGCAGCGAUGAAUCAUGUGAUGCGCGUAAUUUUUAUCGUGCUAGAGGACCUACAGCUAGAGCAGGCGACGCACAUCGGCACCGCUGUCCUGCAUGCCUGAGCCAGGGUUUCGAUAGAAACAAAAAGCUCAGGCCGUGUAUCAGUACGUAAUGUAGACUGAGCUUUAUUCUGCCUUUUUGCAUGGUCACAAGAGUCAGUAAGCAGACGCUGCUUCUUUGUGUGUGAUACGUUGGGUAUUUAUCCAAAAAGAAUGCGAGGUUACUGCAAUUUACAUUUUGAAGAACAGCUGUACUGCAGAUACAGGUCCUCUUCCAUGCUUCUCCUGCAAUGCAUGAUCAAUGCGACGAAGUACUAGAUUGCAGCAAUAUUGUUUUACAUUCUCAUCAUCAGCAUCAGUGCAGUUUUUUUUUUGGAUACCAUUUGGCUGAUAAUGGCUACUUUUUCAUCGCGGAGUACAACGGACAUAAGAUGUAACGGAGACAAAAACGCUCACACUAUCGUGCCGUACAAGGGUUGUUUGUAGUUCUUGUUAGCACGCGAAACUUAUUGCGAUCUGUCCUGUUAGCACGCGAAACUUAUUGUAGCGUUAUGCUAGAGGACGGAGAAAAAGAACUACAGUCAGCAUCACGAAGACCGAGAGCGUGUGUACAACUACGUUUCAUUCCAUAGAGUGGCACCAGCACGGUUUCGUCCCGACGCGUCGCUGAACGGUACCGCAACGUCUUCGUUAUUUUCUUCUGCUGCUGCUACCGGACCAGGACCACUUGGUACGACCACUGCACGACCUUUCCGUGGGGACAGUAGAACCAGUGGCACUCCGACGACGUUCCUCACCUGGUUGCGCAAUAUGUCCCCUUCGUGGGCCCCCGUGGCGGGCCCAAUGACAGUGCUCGCCACCCACCUCGAGGCGUGGUACCAGAAAUUCUGGAAUCGCAACCACUAUUUCGGGAAAAAAGUAAUCUCAGUCGCAAAUAAACUUUGCAAUAGAGGACUCAGCAACACGAAAAUUCGCGAAGCUUGGUCAGACAAAUUAACCUCUGAUGCGGCAAAGAGUAAGGAAAGACCGGGAUAACGAUAAGACUUGCUUCAUUUCUUGCCUGUUGAGCACGACAAAAAUUGUGUUCAAGAAAGUGAUUCCGCCCGCCGUGUGAGCUGAGACUGAGAUGGUUUUUUCUCCCGAUAACCACCAGUGGCCGAUGAAUUUGCGCUCCUGGUACGAAUCGUGGAUCCGGGAGCCGGCCUGGGAAGAGGCCGGGACCUAUUUCUCGGGAAUGAACGGCGCCCAGUCCACGACGAGCGUCCUCUUGCUGCAGAGGAAGAAGGAACUCUACCGGGAGGUCGGGCAGGAAUGCUCGACUGGUGAUAGCUUCGGAAACGAGUGCGGCCAUUUUGUCGAGCGGCUCAUGCCCGUCAUAUUCGGUUACGGGGCGGAGAAUAAGGCGACGGAGUACAAGAAUACGACAAGUUUAGAAAAUGAGCUCCCAAAUAUUAAAACCCGUGCAGCUGCUCCUGCAUCUCUACCGGAGACCGAGGUAGUGAAAGCGGCGCCUCCUCGGGGAAGAAGCAUGUUGCUGGAAGCGUUGGAGACGGGAUUUUCGUACGUUUUCGCCGGUCUCUUUCUCCGAUAAGGGGGUCAUGAAUUCGCGUUUCGGCGCAUAGCAGCGCGAUAUCUGAUUCUGAUUUUGUGAUAAGGAUGUGGCCCACAGGCACGAAAAAUGGUUUUGGAGAAGUGCGCCUGAAGAUGACGAAGCGAAGAGUUUUCUGCUUUGAAAGAUUUGUGUGUGGCAGCUAGGAUGCUUCGUUUUGUUCGCUUAAGAAAGGAUCGAUGAAAGCGAUAAGAUAGAGGGUGCAUACAAUGAUCCUGUUUUCGCAAAUCAAUCUGCA